UAUCCACCACUACAUGUGAGAUCAAAUCGAACAUCUAGAGAUCUAGAGUAGCAUGGUGGGAUUUUUAAUAGAAUGAUGAGCUUUUCAAAUUUUCACUCCAAACUGAUGCCGGGUAAAUUGCUUGCAUGAGAACCGUUUGGGUCAAUAGCCUAGCGAACAAGGCACUGGUCUAGGCUUUUAAGUCGUCUUGUCGUCUGGUUAAACUUUGUCGACAGUAAGUGAUUGUCAUUUGGGAAUAGCAUUGGACUUUGAAAUAUGGCAGCACAUGAGACAGAUGGCAUCCACAAAGAUGAUUCAAGUCAAGCUUCAUCUAGACAUGCGAAUCCGAUAAAAUCGUCCUCGGAAACAGAUUCAUUACUUUCGCCAGUCACCGCUACCCCAACUCCAAAUUAUAAGUCAACCUCAACCUUUCCGGACGUCGAAUCCGCACAAAAUGUUCAAGCCGAGAACGAAACCACAGGGAGAGUCACGAAGAGCGCUGCUAUUAUAAUAAGUCUUCUGCUAAUUGGUAAAUCCUUACAAUUCUUUAUUGAACUCCUUGGAGCUGAUACUUUCAGGUGUUUUCAUAUCAUAUGCAGAUGGCACGCUCGUUCUUGCAACAUAUGGUACCAUUGCUUCCGAAUUCCGGGCUCUCGGUGAUGCCAGCUGGCUGACUACUAGCUAUUCUUUGGCAAUGUGCGCUGUUCAACCACUUACAGGCAAGAUUAGUGAUAUAUAUGGACGAAAGCCGGUCCUUCUAAUUUCAUAUGGAUUCUUUGUGAUUGGAUGUGUCUUAACGUGAGUGAUCUUUUCCGACGUCUUAAAUGGCUGCGCUGAUAUUUUUCUAUAGAGGACUUUCCCAGGCAAUGUGGCAAACUGUGAUGGGCAGAGUAGUAGCUGGUAUAGGAGGUGCCGGUAUGAGUGUCAUGGUGUCUGUUCUAAUCGUGGGUGAGUGAUGAGAAUUAUACUCAAGAUUUCAAGUCACAACCUAACAUGUCCAGAUCUUGUACCUCUGAUUCAUGUCGCUGCCUGGAGAAGUUAUGUUAACGUCGUUGGGACCAUUGGAAGGAGUAUUGGUGGUCCCUUGGGCGGACUGUUAGCAGACACGAUAGGUUGGCGGUGGUAAAUAUUCCAUUCCAGAUUAGAGUUUCCGGUAGUAUCCGAUUUUCUGACAUCAGGUGGCAGGUCGUUCAUCGGACAAGGACCUCUGAUGCUUUUCGCUAUUGUUUUGGUAGCAUACAAACUUCCGGCCCGCUCGUUAUCUGACGAGCCUAUCCAUGCCGAUGACGGGGGUUCAAGGCUUCGAAGAAUUGAUUUUGUUGGGGCUUUCAUACUGACUGGAACUAUCGCUGCCUUUCUCGCCGCACUCAGUCUUGGGGGACAGGCACUACCUUGGUCUCAUCCUACUGUCAUCGGACUGUUGUUGGGAUCCGUUCUGCUUGGCGCUGUAUUUGUGAGUUACGAGGUCAAGGUUGCUACUGAGCCCAUAUUUCCACCAGCACUUGCGAUCCAAAGAGAUGUAGCAACAUCAUAUGCUAUCAAUGCAUUGCAGCUGGGUGCACAAGUUGGCGUAAGAUCCUCUCUGUCUUCUAUCUUUAAUAUUCUCGUUACUAAUAUAACAAAGAUGAUGUAUUCCGUCCCACUUUACUUUCGCGUAACGCAAGGAAGCUCUAAUACCACUGCGGGACUUCAUCUCUUCCCUGCUGUAUUUGGUAAUACGACGGGAGGCCUCCUCGCAGGUUGGCUGAUUAGUCGGUUCGUUCAUCGCCAUUCAAUUACUCCCGUCAGAUCAUUCUAAAAUUAGCAUACUAACAGCCUCCAGUACCGGCCAUUACAAAUAUCUUCUAACCCUCUCUACACUCUCAUCCAUAUUCUCCUACACUAUCCUUCUCACCACAUGGCGUAGCAAUAACCUUUCUCUCGCGUCCUCUCUCGCUAUAUUCCCUGGAGGGUUUGGCCUCGGAAUAACAGCUGCCUGCACAUUCAUUGCGCUCACUGUUUCUGUUCAGAAAAAGGAGAUGGGCAUGGCAACCGCGGGAAUGUAUCUAAUGUCCAGUAUCGGUAUGGUUGUUGGCGUUGCCCUGUGCGCUGGGGUCCAAAACAGUGCUUUGGGCGAAGCGCUUGGAGGACUAGGUUUGGAUGACAGUGUGGUAAGGAAAGUUAUGAGUGAUGUAGGGAGCGUGAAGGACUUGCAUGGAAAUAUGAAGCUGCAGGUAAUAGAAGCCUACGUGAGAAGCUUAGAAUCGAGUCACGCGGUGAGUGUGGGACUAUCAGCGUCAGCGUUUUUGGUGAGUCUAGUGGUUAAAGAGAAGAAAAUCAUGUAAAUGAAAUUCCUAGCAUGAUGAAGAUUAUACUAGACGAAGAAAAUCUAUAUUUACCAUCCAUCAAUAUCUUUCUGCUCCCACCUAUGGUAUAUAUAUGCCGGCCAGGCCUAGCUUAACCUAACAUUAAUUCAUGAAUAAAUGACAUUAAUUAAAGAUACCACGGUGGCUCUUUGAAAUACCACAGUUUGUGAAAUCCCAUUGGAAGGGAAGAGGAAUGAUACAAACUUUUGAGGAAGGUCAACGUUGAAGACUGGGUGAAUCUGGGGUGGAAGGAUGGACAAUCAUGGAGAUUUUUGUAAGAUUAGGUACGUGAUGGUGAUAGCUCCCUUGAUUGAAUGCGAUUGUUCAGCACUAUCCAACUGAGAGAAAACUUUAGUAGCAGCAUUGAGUGACUAUUGAAAUCCUAUUUAAUGCCCGCUUUAAAUUUAAACUGAUGG